AUGACACAAAAUACCAUUGAAACUCUGGUAGAACACUUCGGAUUUGCUCCAAUUUCCGCCAUUGACGACGUUAUUAAUUCUGUAAAUGAACUUCUUUACACGGCGAUUAUGGGUUUAGAGCAAUUUGUCUUGUCUGAGCUGAAAUCUAGCGAAGAGGUUGAUCAGGGAAUCCAUCAGGUUGAGACAUUGUUAGAAUCAUUGGUUGAUCGUCACUUUGAUAUGUUUGAGAUUUAUGCUCUGCGCAACAUUUUUGCUAUACCUGAUAAGUUAGAAAUCGUGUUAUCACAUCGAGAGGGAAUGGAUUUUACUUCGGAUCAAGCCAAGGAAGAAUAUGUUGAUCAGGAAUUGGAUGCAAUGCGAAAAAAAGUCAAAGCAAUGAACUAUAAACUUAAAGAAGAAAUCUCAAGAACAGACAAAUGUGUCAAAAAGCUGGAAAAAUGGAAAGAGCGGUUAUCGUUUUUGCUAACUACGGCCAAGCAUUAUAAUGUCUCUCCAGUAAUAGAUACUGCACGACUUGUAACGGACCAACUUCUGGCGAUCAAAAGAACCACCGUUAGUUUACAAAGUCAGGUUGAUGGCGAAAAACUAAAACAGUUUGCAAGCAUCAGUGACGAGCGCGAGUCAUUUGUUAGUACUAUG